AUGGUGCAGCGGCGUGUAAGGACUGAUGUCCUCCAAGCACUUCUUACUUUCGCGUAUUUCUCGGCCAGCUGCCGCGCUGACGACCACGGCGUCGUUUUUCUGUACCCUCCCAAGGGUCUGACCUUCCACUACCUUGAUACCGUCAACGUCCAAUAUACGUCUCCAUUUGAUAAGCCGACACUGCUCACUUUCUGCGAUGGUGGAGGGCGACAAGUCUACAAGGACCCCGUACCCCAGUACAACGCUACCUAUCCUGUUCUCUUAAACUUCACCAGUGAUACGGUGUGUUGGUUUGAUCUGAGGCCCGGACAAGAGCCAGGCCAUGGCGCCAACAGCCCGAGCUUCACCCUUCUCUCCAACCAGCGCGUGCAGACAACCCUCGGCCUGUCAAUCUCCACGUCUACUUCGUCGACAAUAUCAUCCUCGGCACCAAUACAAGCCACAAGUGCUGUCGAGACAGCAACUAACCCUCCUACCGUUCAUCACGGCCUCAGCGCUGGUGCUUCCGCUGGUAUUGGUGUUGGCGUCGCACUCGGCGUGAUUGCAAUAGGCGGCGGGAUCCUGGCAAUUCUAUGGCGGAGGAGAAAGCACCGCGUCAACGUUGCCAGGUCGAAAGAUGACAGAAAUAUCCAGGACUGGGAUAACACAGGACAUGGCAACGGCAACCAGGCCAACAGCCAGGGCAUAUCAGCGGCAACGGCUGGCUCGUUUGUCGAGAGCCAGCCCCAACAUACAGUUAUAUCCGCUGCACCCACGUACUACUCUCAGGAUGCCAAACCGGAGUACGGCUAUGGACAUCAGCAUCAGAGCCAGGAGCUGGAGGGACAUGGUGUACCACGAGAGCUGGAUGCUUUGCCACCACCCAAACCCCAUGAGCUUCCUGGGUAA